AAACGGAUGGAUGGAAAAAAUGGAAUCUUGUGAAAAGUUUUUUUAUUUUUUUUUUACGUAGAAUAAAUCAACCGAUUAUUUAAUUAGAUGAAUGGAUACGAGAUAAAUUUUAAUAACUCAUUUUAGUGGAAAAACUACAAGAAAUAUUACAAGACUCUUGAUCGUGCAAAUGCAUGGUUGGCCGUAUGUGACCCACGCCACAGGCCAUGCUUUGUGUGCUUUCACACACGCACAUAAUAUGACAUUAAAAAAAAUAUAUAUUGAAAUUGCAUAAAAUUGCCAUCCACGAUGCAAAAAAAAUGGAAUUCGUCUAUACAAUGCUUUUGUGUGAUCAACGAUCAACAGGACGGUGUGUGUGGGGGGGGGGGGGACUGUGGAGGGUUGCAUCACCGAAAAAAUCCUUUGGGGGGCGAAAAGCAUGCACGCACCUUCUGUGUCCGAGUCGAACACGAAGAAGAAAAAUGAACGCAAACCAUUGGUUAAAAUGUUCGAACUCCUGCGUUUUCAUUGACACCCCCCCCCCGCGCUUUUUUAUAAAAGAAUACUUACCGAUGGUAAACUUCAGAAAAAGCAAUAUAUAUAUGUAUAGGGAGUUCGCCUUACAUCGUUAGCAUGCUCGCCGUCCGUCUCGUUUUCACAUCCUUUGGUCAAAAUGUUUGUCCGACGCGCUCUUGUGGACUGUACCGUGCUUUCGCUGCAGGAUCUCUGUGUGUUUUAUCCAUGCUGUAACGUCUGCUUCUGCAGAAUGGAUGUGGAGCAUCAGGACACAGCGAGAUCCAGAUGUUCCAAGUGCUCUUACAGCUGUUUAAGGGAUCAUCUGGACUACAGAUAUCGCCUUUCACUGUUGGUGACCAGGGACACAAGCAUAUUUGGUGUCACAGUGUUUGGCAGCUGCCUAAACCCGUUAUUUGGUGUCCCUGCAACUCAAUUUCAAAGGUUGUUGGAGAACUCAGACGUCCCACCUGAAGGAUCAACCAGAUCCAAAUUGGUGGCAAAGGCCAUCGAGGACUGUUUAGUCGGUAGACAUCUUGUCUUUGGAAUAAAGGUGAGAGAUUCACAAUGGUGCCCAUGGUCAGGCGAUCGUCAUCAAGGUGCUUCUGGUAGCAAGGAGAUGGCCCAGUUUAUUGCCACUCAACUCAUUUUCCCUAAAGCCGCAGGCUUAGGAAACGACUCUGUCCUUGGCUACUUCCGACUCCUCCUCAGGAAAGCAGAAGAACGUCGGCAGGAAUCUAAUGAUCCCGAGAAGUCCUGCGCGAUUCCGACAACACCACCAUCACGGAUUCCCCAGGAUUCCCAAGCCAGUAGCUUCAAUAACAUCACUCUUUCUCGUGUUUUUCCACACUCACUGGAAAGGUCACAGCGCCACGACGACAGUCUCACUCCAACGCCACCAUGGCAACAAUCACUGCGACUCAUCACUUCUUCUGCCGAACAGGAGCGGGAGGAAACCGACUACCGCACACGCGAUGACGACCGACCAACAGCCAAAGAGCAAAAGUGGAACACUUUUUUUGACACGCCGCCAUUUUCUCCAUGCUCACCAGCCAGAAAUGUCCCAAACGCCCCCACCCGGGACCAUUUGACGCCCUCCCUGCCUUUACUUGUGAACAAGCCGCUUGUGUCUGACUGUCAACCGGAUGAUUCACUAGUGUUGCGUUCGUUGGUGUGGGAGGAGUUGCCUUUUUCUGAGAGUCUGACUGCAUUUUUGAAUGACGAGGAUAAAUAUUUUGAAACAACACAAAACAGCUUGCCUAAUAAAGCUGCUUGUACCGACAACCCACCAGGAAGCAAGUCCUUCGCGGGCGUCGUGAACACUGAAGUACUGAAUGAAGACAGUGAACAAGUCUACAAUUGUUCUUUGGACCUGUUUGGAAUAAGCUCAGUUGAGCCACAUAAAGAAGACGUUGAGCUUCAAAUGUGUGUCAAAAAGGCUCAUAAAAUACCUUCUGGUAACAUAAAGUCGUAUUAUCCACAGUGUCCUGACUUCAUCCCAUCCUCUCAGUCCACCCCCAUUGUUAGAAGGACGUACCCUUCCCCCUCUUGCUCCCAACGCUUGUCAUUCACGACGCCUAAAAACUUCUUAAAAAGGCCAUGCAGGAAACGCUGUUUUGCGAUCCAGGGAGGGAUUGUGACCGGGAAGACACCACGCGAACAUGACACACCUCUGAGUCAGGGGGUCGACGACUAUGUCGUCCCUCACACCUCUCCUGAAUUCAAGGUGGAAAAUGAUCAUUCCCAGGAAGAAACGCAAUCAUAUUUAUCAAAAGCAAAGCGGUGUGAAGUAGCGAGAUGCGAGACAGAAACGGAGUUGGAUCAAACAAGUAAUGAAAUGACUGCUAAUGGUUCUACGUGUAAGGACAAAACAUGUGAUUGGUCUCGAGACCUGUUUUCCGAUUCUGUCUGAAAACCGCUAUCCGCUUCUCUAUUUAACAUAAUGAUGAACGACAAGCUGAUUUUAUCAAUGGACAUAAUACUGUGGAACCUCGAAAUUCAAACCCAUUCCAGGACACUUUAUGUCUUUCGCUUGUUCAGUUUUAACUAUAUUGACCUGCUAGAUGACUGCAUCUUUGCACAAGUGUGACUCUUUUUAAGGAAUAGUUUCGUAUUAAUUGAAUAUCUGUUCUUCGUUAUUGUUAUUUUGUUUGUUCUUCUUCUCAGUACUCAACACGAAUGUCGUACCGACUGCCGGAGACAAAUUCCUUUUGUGUUGUGACGUACUUGGCCAUUAAAUCUGAUUCUAAUUCUGAUGUGAAAUGUUGGAAAAAGUUCCACAGCCUGAGCUAUAAUGGGCCUUUCCGAUGGCAAUCUUAAGCUCCGCCCCCUUAGCCAUGUCCCACAAGCUUUCAAAAUGGCGAUUGAACAGAACAUGUUUGAAGUCGAUUCUCUACCACGUAUUCCAGAUAAUAUUGGGGUAUGUUUUUUGCCAAAUGCGUCAGACUUGUCCAAGAGAGUCCUACAAAGAGUUACAGCAAAACGUUGGCGAUCGAUGCAAAAAAAAGUUUGACGCCUCACAAACUUCAUAUUGAAAUCCAACAGGGUAAAAUACUGGAAUCGUACUGUGCAUGGAGAGCAAAGUAAAGUUGUAAAACACGUGCCCUUCUGCAAGCAAUGGAUUAUUCCAUUGUAGACACUUCGUCAACUGUGUUUUAGGCUUUGGAAAAUGAAUCAAGCAGGCCCCUUGUAACCCAGCAGGAUAACUUUCAUCAGAAUUCCACGUUCCAAAGCACAUCUGAGGACCGUUUUCUUCGUAACAUUAACUUUUCCAAGCGCACGCUACUGACAACCAGCAUUGCUUGUGGGACGAUAUGGCGAGAGGGGCGUGUCAAGCCAGGGGUUAAGACAAUGCGGCUAUCUGAUUGGCUAUUAUCGUGUGAGUGAUUGACGGGUUGUAAAGGCCCAUUGCAUCUUCACUGACUGUAAAGCCCAUGUUUUGAGUAAUAUUUGAACAUUCUUUAAAUAAAGUGAAUGCUGAA